CAGCUUCUCGGCGCGUUGUCCUUUCAAAAAGAAUAACAAUAUCGAAUAGAGACUGGCCUGCAGUCUAGUGCAGCGGCAGGCUAGAGCGGCCUUGACACUGGGUAGAACAUUUGCAGCCAUGGCAGAAGCGAAAGAUCAACUCUACGAUGCUCCAGUGAUUUCAUGUCCAUCGGUGGAGGAGCUGACCAAGAUAUCAGAGGAACUGAGACUAAAUUGCUCAGCAGAGGACCUUGAAACUAUUCAUGGACAGUUCAAGUCCACCGCAGCUGCCUUCCAGCGUAUGUCCCAUCUUGUGCAGCCUUCUCUUCCUGUCAAAUACCCUCGCACCCCAGGGUACAGACCUGCGAAGGAUGACAACCCUUUCAAUGCCUGGUACUGGAAAUGCGACAUCAAGGGCGCCAAGAAUGGCAAACUGGCAGGGAAAAAGGUCGGAAUCAAGGACAACAUUGCUGUGGCUGGUGUUCCAAUGAUGAAUGGAAGCAGGAUUCUGGAAGGAUACACACCUGAAUUUGAUGCCACUGUCGUCACCAGGAUUCUAGAUGCAGGUGGGCAUAUUUUGGGAAAGACAAACUGUGAGCACCUGUGUUUGAGUGGAGGAAGUUUCACCUGCGACAAUGGUCCUGUGACGAACCCCCAUGAUGAGACAAGGAAUACUGGGGGAUCCAGCUCUGGUAGUGGAGCCCUGGUUGCUUCAGGUGACCUUGACAUGGCUCUCGGGGGAGACCAGGGAGGGUCCAUUCGUAUUCCCGCUUGCUGGUGUGGCAUUGUGGGAUUGAAACCGACACAUGGACUGGUUCCGUACACUGGUGCAAUGCCCAUCGAAAUCACCGUGGACCAUCUGGGACCCAUGACGAAAACUGUGUUUGACUGUGCCCUGAUGCUGGAGGUACUGGCUGGGUAUGACGAUGGCCGUGAUCCAAGACAGCUACCCCACAUCACCAUUCCAGAGUACACAAAGGAGCUUGAAUCUGGCAUCUCCGGCAAGAAGAUCGGGGUGUUGAAGGAAGGGUUCGAUGUGUGUACGGAGAAAGACGUGGCGGAGAUAGUGAGGAGAGAAGUGGAGAGACUGAAGGAAGCAGGGGCAGUGGUGGAAGAAGUAUCCCUACCCAUGCAUCUGGAUGGACCUGCUAUCUGGAACGCUGUCAUCCUACAGGGAACCUACAACUGUAUGAUCAAAGGAAACGGUAACGGAUUCUUCUAUAAAGGUUUCUACGGCGUUUCUCUCCAAGAGGCUGUGUCGAGAGGCCUAUACACUAGACCCCAAGACAUGUCUGGAAUUCUCAAGUCCUUCUGUCUCAUGGCUGAGUACAUGGACAGAAACUAUGAAAACAAGUUCUAUGCCCAGGGCCAGAACCUCACCAUGACACUAACCAGAGCCUACGACAGUGUUCUGGCGAAGUAUGAUGUUCUGGUGAUGCCGACACUUACGCACAAGGCACCAAAGAUUCCGUCCGCUGAUGCUACACUGAAGGUGCAGCUAGAUGUCGGAAUCGGAAUGCUCGCCAACACCAGUCCCUUCAACAGCACCGGACAUCCUGCACUAUCCAUCAACGCUGGCUUCAGCGAGGGGCUUCCUGUUGGGAUGAUGAUUGUUGGCCGGCACUGAGAGACAAGCAUCCUCCAGGUUGCCCAUGCCUACGAGAAAAUUCGGGAUGCAAAAUGAGGUCUUGACCUUGAAAAAUGAGAAUAGACCAUGAAAGAGCAGCUCAACUGGUAUAUUGAUCAAAGCUCAUCUGUUUUCUGAAUGUCAAUAAUUUCAACCAAAACAUUUUAUGUGGAUGACUGAGCAGGUUCAGUGCUAUUUAACCAGACCUAUUGAAAAUCAUACUCCAUGAUCAGGGGCAGCGUGGUAGCCUAGUGUUUAAGCGUUCACUUGUCAUGCUGAGGACCCAGGUUCGAUUCCCCACAUGGGUUUAAUAUGUGAAGCCCAUUUCUGGUGUCCCCUACCAUGAUAUUGCUGGAAUAUUGCUAAAAGCAGCGUAAAACUAAACUCACUCACUACUCCACUAUCAACUGAAAAUAAUGCCAAAAGGUCAUUGAGCUAGUGGCAUAGGUGUAGAUUGCAGACGUAAGGAUUGCCUCGUUUCUCCCAUUUUCAUUUAAUCAGAUCUUGCGGCUAAACAAAGAUGGGAGGAUAAUACCUAGUCACGUCAGUACAACCUUGGUCUGACCAAGAGAACUACUUUCAAUCCCAGUCAGUUAUUUGUUUUGUUUAGUUUCUAAAUUUUUAAAGAAAAUCUUUGACAAAAUAUGUUUUCAAGGCAUUGUCUGGAAUUGAAGUUGCUACUUCUUACUGGCUAAGCUUAUCGUAAGAAGCGACUAAAGGGAUCUGGUAGUCAGGCUCACUCAUGUGGUGGACACAUUGUGUAGAUCGAUGCUCUUGA